CUUUGCAGGAAGCGGAAGUGUCACGCUUAGCGGAAGUGGUGCUACCCAGAACUGAACAACCAGGCGGAGGACGGGUAUCCAAAUUGUACAUUUCUAAACGAAUAAAGCCGGAGUAAACGCCCUUCAGAACUCUAAAAUGGACAAGACUGACCUGGUGCAGAAAGCCAAGCUGGCUGAGCAGGCAGAGCGCUAUGAUGACAUGGCUGGAGCUAUGAAGGCUGUGACCGAGGGGGGUGUGGAACUUUCCAAUGAAGAACGCAACCUGCUUUCUGUGGCAUACAAGAACGUCGUGGGUGCCCGUCGCUCCUCCUGGCGCGUCAUCUCGAGCAUUGAGCAGAAGACAGAGGGCAACGAGAAGAAACAGCAGAUGGCACGCGAGUAUCGUGAAAAGAUCGAGACUGAACUGCAGGACAUCUGCAAUGAUGUGCUGGGUUUACUGGAGAAGUUCCUCAUUCCCAAUGCUUCUCAGGCAGAGAGCAAGGUGUUUUACCUGAAAAUGAAAGGCGAUUACUAUAGAUACUUGUCUGAGGUUGCAUCUGGAGAAGCAAAAACCACCACAGUUGAAAACUCUCAGAAGGCUUACCAGGAUGCUUUUGAGAUAAGCAAGAAGGAAAUGCAGCCCACACACCCCAUACGGUUGGGUCUUGCCCUCAACUUUUCUGUUUUCUACUACGAGAUCCUCAACUCUCCUGAGAAGGCCUGUCAUCUUGCCAAAACGGCUUUCGAUGAAGCCAUUGCUGAGCUUGACACUUUAAAUGAGGAUUCCUACAAAGACAGCACCUUGAUCAUGCAGCUUCUAAGGGACAACCUCACUCUUUGGACGUCAGAAAAUCAGGCCGACGAAGCAGAUGCGGGAGAUGGCGAGAACUAGGGGAGACGAAAUUGAUCUCCAAACACCCACACACAUCCAUCUUAAAUACACAAAUGGCUUCCACCGACCAUCCCACCUCAUUCCACCUGACACCAUCCACGCCUCUCCAUUCAGUUCCCAGCCCUGCUCCCCAUACCUUCUGUAUGAUGAUCAGCAUGAGCCUAGUCCACAGGAAGACGCUCAGAGAAGCCCCUAACGCAGACACCAGGGGCUGGGGGGGGGUGGUGGUUGGCUCACAGGGUUUUAUGCUGACGUUAAAACAGGUCCAGUAAUUUUCUUUGUGAAUUUAACGUGUACUGAUUAUCAAAACCCCUAUCCUUCAUGUGAGUGUAAGAGCGAGUGUGCUGCUGAUGGAGAGUAACUGCAUGAAAUCAUGGCUGUGUUUGUGUGUAUGCGCUUAACAGCAAGAGUGAGUGUAUUGGGGAUCUGGGGUUAUGAACUCUAAUCGUCUUUCCUGAUAAUUCCCCUUUUCCCACUUUAGCUGGUUGUGCAUUUUGUCAUCCUCUUUUUUCGUUUUUGUUACGAUCAUUUUUUUUAGUAUAAUUCAUCUGUAUUUACAGGUUUUAUUGUAUGGUUAUUAAACUGGCAGUUUAUUUUCACCAAUUA